AUGCCUAAUCUUUACCCUGAAAUCAUUGAAUCUAUAAAAAAUAUACUGAAUGAGUAUCAUUCUACACUUAAUAAUAUAUAUAAUUAUCAAUUAAUUAUUAAAGCUGACCAUGGAUUAGACCAACGUACAUAUAAUGCUCCUACAGCUUUACAAGUAGCUGCUAUUUGGGUUGAAGGUAAUGAUUCUAACGAAUCUCAAAAACGAGAUAUAAUCGCUCAUUCUCAACUUGGCAAACUUCAAAAAAUCUCAGAAGUUAGUGGUUCAUAUGAUCCCAUGCAAUACCCACUUCUAUUUCCAAGAGGACAAUAUGGAUGGCAUCCUGGCAUUCUCACUGCUUCUACAAAUAAUGAACAAAAUAUACGCAUAAAUAAUGGAAAUUUAAAAAAAGUAAUAGCAAGGCAAUAUUAUGCCUAUAAAUUACAAACACGAGAAUAUUCAUCAUCAUAA